UUCAGGGAACACCAACAUACACACCCCUAUGAAGCUAUAUUUCUUUGAGAUCAACUUAUCUCAAACACAAUGGUUGAUCAGCUCCAAGGAACAUGGAAAUCCAUUUCUUGUGAAAAUUUUGAAGACUAUAUGAAAGAACUGGGAAUAGGAAGAGCCAGCAGGAAACUUGGCCGUCUGGCAAAACCCAGAGUGACCAUCAGUACAAAUGGAGAUGUGAUCACGAUAAAAACCAAAAGCAUCUUUAAAAACAAUGAGAUCUCCUUUAAACUGGGAGAAGAGUUUGAGGAAACCACACCAAGUGGCCGUAAAACCAAGAAUAAAGUAACCUUAGAUAACGAUUCCUUGAUUCAAGUUCAGGACUGGGAUGGCAAGGAAGCCACCAUAACGAGGAAACUGGUGGAUGGGAAAAUGGUGGUGGAAAGUGCUGUGAACGACGUUAUCUGCACACGGACGUAUGAGCGAGUAUCAGCAGAUACAGUCUCAAACUCUUAAGCUUUCUCAGGCUGUGAUCCAAACUACUGAGGUUGUUUAAAUACAACUUCCAAGUAAAAUAUU